UUGAGUUUUGAGGAGUUGGAAUAUUGCAGACGAACUUUGAUUUUAAAGUCAUUUCUACUGGACAACACCUUCUAAAAUAGGAUUUAGUUUACGGCCAAGUGAUCAUGGAGAUUCAGAAUGGUAUAACAGAUGAAGUACUAUUCUCCCCAGAUCUGCUGGAAGAGAUCGAUUUUGAGGCUGAGUGUAAUGCCACCUUCAACCCAAAGAUUAGUCCAUCUUGUCCUGGUGAAUCUCUUCUCAUGAGACCUCUACGCAUCUCAGAUUAUGACAAAGGUCACACACAAGUACUAAGUCAGCUGACAAAACUGGGUGAUGUUACACGGGAGGCAUAUGAAGCUCAAUUUCACCACAUGAAAUCCUGUCCAUCAACUUACUAUAUUGCCGUGAUAGAAGACAUAACGUCCAACCUUGUGAUCGCCUCAGCUACAUUGUUGGUGGAAAAGAAGUUUAUACACACAUGUUGCACUAGGGGACGAAUAGAAGAUGUGGUGGUCGAUAAAACAUACAGAGGAAGACAGCUGGGGAAAUUACUUGUUGAGACUAUGACGUUACUUGGGAAGCACUUGGGAGUCUACAAGAUGACGUUAGAAUGUAAGGAUGACAGGAUGAAGUUUUAUGAGAGUUUCGGUUACAUGAAGGAUCACCUGAAUAACUUCAUGACUAUUCGUUACAAGGAUUAAAACAUGAACUUUUAUGCCCAACAAUGCAGCAUAGAUGUAUUUCGUCAAAAAGAAAAGGCAUUUUGGACUGUGAUUAACACUGAUGUUUGUCACACACUGAACAUUCUGGUAUUUAGAUAUACUGGUAUUGUAAUGAUGGUUGAAAUUAUUUACUUAACAACUGCCUUCGGUGAUAUUUGGUGCAAUAAACUAUCUGGGAUUAUGUUUGGUUAUGGAUAUCCUGCUACUUAGUGGAGCCAGUGCCAGACAACUUUUGAAACUACUUAUGAAACCUGUGCUAUCAGAGAGAGUUCUCUGCACCACUCUGACAUUCCAUAUGAACAAUUGUAUCAUUAUCCCUUGUAUAAAUGCCAUCAAGCCAUCCACUCUCUGAAGGAAAUUUCUUUUUGGAGUUGUGUUUGACCAGUUCGGCGCUGCCACUGAUGUGCAAUAGUGAGACCAAUUUGUUAUUGGUGGAUGGGUGACCAGUGAAAUAUAGCAAUGAUCAUGUAAAUGUGUCACUACUAUUUAUUUUUGUUUAACUAUGGCAUUAUACAAUUUUCCUUGGGUUGUUGAGAAUGUUGUUUUUAUUUGGCAAAGAACUGCUACUCUAUCUGUACCGGUGAUAAGUAUGAAAUAGUGAUGAGCAAGUUUAAAUAUUAUGGUAAAGGGAAGAGAUUUUCCUGUCAUGUAUAUGUAUUUUCUCUGUUCUUUGAAUAUAUCAUGGUGUUUUGAUCUCUUGAUGAAAUGAGACCAUACUGUUACUGUACUGUCAGAAGAUGAAAAUCUAGACUGUGAGAUUCUGACAACAAUGGCCAUAUAUUGAUUAUGAUAAAAAACAUAUAAAAAUGUAUAGAUAGAUAUUUGAUGACAUCUCAACUGUGUGUAAAUGCAAUGAGCACACACACUCGCAGCCAGUCUCGUGCCGUUAUUUCUCUCAAUGACAUAUUGAUGCUUUAUUCAUGAUGUAUAACUGCUAAUUGUACCAAAAUUGUCUUCAAUAUUUUUCCAAAAUAUUCCGCCAGUCAUGAGGUAGGUGAAAAAACUCCUCAAUUGCAAGUUAAUUUGGCAUUGAUUCUUGUGCGAUACAACAUUGAGCAUGUUGAUAAUGUUGCAUCACGCCAUCAUCUGUUGAGUGCCGGUAUGCAGACGCACACUGGCAGCCAGUAACGGUAAUUUAUGCAGAAAGACUUCAUUUUGUAAAGGAAGAUAUUUAACUAUUCUGGUGGAGAUUCUUCUGUUGGGAAUCUGUAAUAGAACGGAUAUGUUGUUCAUUCCACCAACAAACAUUUGUUGGAGGAUUUGAUAAUAUUUCUGUUCUAAAAGUAUAAAAUGUUUUGUACUACCAAUAUUUGGUCAUGCAAGGAUAAAAAGGUGUAUGGUGUGUUUUCUUUUGAACUAUUUCUUUGUUAUGUAUAUACAGCUGAAUAAAUAGAUAAUAUAUAUUUUA